UCUCUUCUCUCUUCAUAAAAUAUCCGGAGACGUUUUAACGGCGGUGAAAAGAUGCGGAUGUUGACGACGGCGGUAAAUACAUUACUGAAACGGGAAAACUCCCUUCUCCAACGUCAUGGCUUCGCACAUGUAGUAGCUCAAAGAACAAACUCCGUUCACCAGACCGAAACAAAAGUUCCGAAAAUACCCCCGUUCAGUUAUUCUCCGCCGCCUUACGACGGUCCUUCCACCGGAGAGAUCAUCGCCAAGCGGCGAGAGUUCCUCAGCCCCGCUCUGUUCCACUUCUACAAUACUCCAUUAAACAUUGUGGAGGGAAAGAAGCAGUACGUAUUCGACGAGACGGGACGGCGAUACUUAGAUGCCUUCGGUGGAAUAGCGACGGUUUCGUGUGGCCAUAGCCACCCAGAAGUAGUUGAAUCUGUCAUCAAACAGCUAAAGCUUAUUCAACAUUCCACCACCCUUUACCUUAAUCACACCAUCUCUGAUUUCGCUGAAGCUCUUGUCUCCACUCUCCCCGGAGAUCUCAAGGUUGUGUUUUUUACAAACUCUGGUACGGAGGCGAAUGAGCUGGCGAUGAUGAUGGCUAGGCUGUACACUGGAUGUAACGAUGUGGUUUCACUUAGGAACUCUUACCAUGGAAACGCAGCUGCCACUAUGGGAGCCACUGCUCAGUCCAACUGGAAAUUUAACGUCGUUCAGAGUGGUGUACAUCACGCGAUAAAUCCAGAUCCUUACCGGGGAAUAUUCGGAUCAGACGGUGAAAAGUACGCUAGGGACGUACAUGACCUGAUCCAAUUCGGAACUUCCGGUCAAGUCGCCGGUUUCAUCGGCGAAUCUAUCCAGGGAGUUGGAGGAAUCGUGGAGCUGGCUCCCGGAUACUUACCGGCGGCAUACGACAUCGUGAGGAGAGCCGGAGGAGUUUGCAUCGCCGAUGAAGUUCAGUCCGGUUUCGCUCGUACAGGAACCCAUUUCUGGGGAUUCCAGUCCCAUGAUGUUAUCCCCGACAUCGUUACCAUGGCUAAGGGGAUCGGGAACGGCAUCCCGCUUGGAGCGGUGGUGACAACACCGGAGAUCGCUGGCGUUCUAAGCCGACGGUUUUAUUUUAAUACUUUCGGUGGAAACCCAAUGUGCACUGCCGCGGGACACGCGGUCCUUAGAGUCAUUCAGGAAGAGAAGCUCCAAGAGAACGCUUUCCUCGUUGGCUCUCAUCUCAAACGUAGACUUACACAGCUCAAAGACAAAUACGAACUCAUCGGAGACGUGAGAGGAAGAGGAUUGAUGCUAGGAGUUGAGUUUGUGACAGACCGUGACUUAAAAACUCCGGCUAAAUUAGAGACUCUUCAUCUAAUGGAUCAAAUGAAAGAGAUGGGAGUGUUGGUGGGUAAAGGUGGGUUCUACGGGAACGUCUUCAGAAUCACUCCUCCUCUCUGCUUCACCCUGAAUGACGCUGAUUUCCUUGUGGAUGUGAUGGAUCACGCAUUGUCCAAGAUGUGAUUUACUCUCCUUUCUAAUAUCUUUCAAGAUCAUUCACCUUGUGUAGUUGUGUGUGUACACAUAUAUAAAUGACACAAUACAAAAAGUGAAAUUAUGAUCUUUUGUUGGUUUUUAGUACCCAGAUGUAUCACGGAGCAUAUAAAUAAUAAAGUCUCGUUGUUUUG